CUCAGCAGAAGUAAACAAACAACGCUCUGUUACCGUUAGCUCAGUGCUAUAGAUGAAUGGUUCAAACAAAUGUAUUCUUUUCGUUGGGUUUAUUUAUGCAACAAUGUCUUCUGUUGAGUUUUUGAGAGAUUUUGUCAACGAGCGACUCUCUGCUGCCGCUGAAGAAAUAUUCGGAGUAUUUCAGAAAACUAUCUUCGAAUAUGAGGAAGAGAUCAAACGUCAGUGCAGACUGCUGGAUGUCGUUUGGAAACCGGAAAUAAACGUACUCAGGAUAGAUCUCCCACAGCAUCAUGUAUGUAAGGAGGAGGAGGUUCCCGCUGAGCAGCAGCUCUGUAUCCAAGGGAGGAACUCCAGUCCAGACCAAGAGAACCCAGAGCCUCCACAGAUUAAACAGGAGCAGGAGGAGCUGUGCUUCAGCCAGGAGGGAGAGCAGCUUGGACUGAAGCAGGAGACUGAUGCCUUUGUGUUGACUCCUACUGUUGAGGAAAGUGAGCACCAGCUCCUCUCUCACAACUCUCAUGUAGCUGAGAACCAAGAUCAGGAAGGAGGCGAGCAAGACUCAAAUAGACAUGCAGAGCCCAAACUACAUCACAAAGGCAAAAGUCAAAAUAAAGAUGUAAACAACAUGAACUUGUCAGAGAAGCACCGUGAUACUCAACAGCCUGUCAAAUGUGGAAAAUAUUUCCAGAAAAAAUCAUCACUGGACAGAGAUCUGAAAACCCUCAAAAUUAAGGGAUCACAUUCUUGCAACACCUGUGAGAAAACGUUCUCUAGAAAAUCCGAUUUAAUCAUUCAUACAAGAAUCCACACAGGUGAGAGGCCAUAUCCGUGCCAAAUGUGUGGGAAAGCUUUCAGAAAUAAAAGUCACUUGAAAGAGCAUGUAAGAAUCCACACAGGUGAGAAGCCAUUUCCGUGUCAAACAUGUGGGCAACGUUUCUGUCAAACAUCGGCAUUGAAAAAUCAUAUGAAAUUCCACACGAAGGCAAGCUGUAUUCUUGAGAGACAUGUGGGAAACAACUCCUGUAAAAAUACCAUAUUUAGGAGUAACUGGGGAAGCCACACAGAAACACACACAGUGGAAAAGUUGAAUCCAUGCAGCCCAGAGUCUCUACAGAUUAAAGAGGGACAGGAAGAGCAGUUUGGACCUAAGCAGGAGACUGAUGCCUUUAUGUUGGCUACUUCUGAUGAGGAAAGUGAGCACCAGCUCCUCUCUCCCAACAACUCAUGUAGCUGAGAACCAAGAUCAGAAAGGAGGCGAGCAAGGCUCCGGAUCAACUAGAUGUGCAGAGCCAAAACAACAGAAACAACAUCCCAAGACUCACCUUAACAGUGUAAUCCACCCUGAUUUGUCAAAGAUGCACAGUGACACUCACAGAUAAACAAUCCUUAAAGUGUGACAUGUGGAAAAUAUUUAAGGAAUGAUUCAUUACUGGCUAACCACCUGAGAACCCACACAGGUGAGAAGCCAUUUUCCUGCAGAACAUGCAGGAAAAUAUUCACUCACAAAUCCAUAUUCAUCACUCGUUAUAGAACAGAUUUCGCCGGUUUCUUUCUAAAGAUUUGGAAAACGAUCCACACAGGAGAGAAGCUGUUUUAAAGAUAUGUGAUUGAGCUUUUAGGGUUAAUCACAACUUGAAAGCCCACAUGAGAAUCAUAUCGACAAGCCAUUUUCUUGCAAACAAUGUGGAAAGGCUUUCAGAAUUAGAAAUGACCUAAGAGACCACAUGAGAGUCCAGGUGAGAGGCUGUAAACUUGUCAAACUUGUGGAAUCGAUUACAGUCAGUCAUUAUUUGACAGUUCACAUGAGAACCCACCCUCGAGCUCAAUGAGUUUCUUAUCUCCUGGUGCACUUGAAAUUCCAUGUGAAAACACACAAAAGUAAGAAACCAAAAUUAAAGAAUGGUACUCUUUAAUACUCGUACAGUUGAAUUCUACAAAUAAAGGAAUGUGAUAAGCUGUAUUACUGCUGUACAGUUUCCAAAAACUCCGGUGGAACGCUGCAUCAGUCAGUAAUAUUUGUAAAUGGACCUUUCAUUAAUUCUGAUCGUAUUCAGAAUCAACCUCUUUACACUAAAAGAAAGGAAAACCUUGA